AUGAAGCUUUCCAUAGCUCUUGCACUGGGCGCAACCGCUGCCACCGGGGCGUUGGCGGCCGUGCUACCACAGCAAGAACCGCUGACAACUCCCCAAGAUCCCCCGGUCCACCAUCAUCAAGAAAGGUUCCUGAUUGAGCUGGCUCCUUAUCAAACAAGAUGGGUAACUGAGGAAGAAAAGUGGGCUUUAAAACUGGAUGGUGUUAACUUCAUUGAUAUUACUGAAGAGCGGAACACUGGGAUUUAUUCAACUUUGCAUGCUGGCAGUUACGUUCACUAUCCGCCGACGAUGGAGCAUGCGGAUGCGGUGGUUGGCCUUCUGCGGGACCUGUCCAAGGAUAACAUGAAACAGAAUCUCGAGAAAUUUACCUCAUUCCAUACUCGCUACUACAGGUCGGCGACUGGUAUCGAGUCUGCGACGUGGCUAUACAACAGAGUUUCCGGUGUCAUUGAACGGUCGGGUGCAGCGAAGUACGGCGCGACAGUCGAGCAGUUUGCUCACCCUUGGGGCCAGUUCAGCAUCAUUGCUCGAGUUCCGGGCCAGACUAAUAGAACGAUCGUUCUGGGCGCUCAUCAGGACAGCAUCAAUCUGUUCCUUCCUUCUAUCCUGGCGGCUCCUGGUGCUGAUGAUGACGGAAGUGGAACCGUUACUAUCCUCGAAGCUUUGCGUGGCCUGCUGCAGUCAGACGCCAUUGUUCAGGGCGAGGCCCAAAACACAAUCGAGUUCCAUUGGUAUUCGGCAGAGGAAGGUGGUAUGUUGGGCUCGCAGGCUAUUUUCUCCCAGUAUAAGAGAAAUAGGCGAGAUGUCAAGGCGAUGCUUCAGCAGGACAUGACGGGCUAUACUCAGGGGGCUCUAGAUGCCGGUCGCCAGGAAGCCAUUGGAAUCAUGGUUGAUUACGUUGACGAAGGCUUGACGCAAUUCCUCAAAGACGUCACCAGCACAUAUUGUGGCAUUGGUUAUAUUGAAACCAGAUGCGGUUACGCCUGCUCCGAUCACACGUCGGCAAGUAAAUACGGAUAUCCUGCGGCGAUGGCAACCGAGUCCGAAAUGGAGACCAGCAGCAAGAGAAUCCACACGACGGACGACAGAAUCAAGUAUCUAAGCUUUGAUCAUAUGCUGGAGCAUGCAAAUGGUACGAUACAUCUUGCUACCAUGGAAUCAACCGAUCCCUACGCCAAGGAGCUUCAGAUCGCGUGUCUGACCGUCCAGAGAGCUACACUCUUGACGAAAAAGCUACUGGAAGCUGUUGAUAAGGGCUCAUUCGACAAGAAUGACGACACCCCGGUGACAAUUGCCGAUUUCGCUGCGCAAGCACUGAUUAUUGCCGCCAUCCACCGUGCUUUCCCUGACGAUGUCUUCGUGGGUGAAGAAAGUUCAGAUGCCCUUCGAGCUGACCCUGCUCUCCUCGAACGCACAUGGGAGCUGGUCUCUUCGACUCGCCUUACGGAUGAGGAGAGUGAGGCACUACUCUACGCCCCAAGCAGUAAGGAGGAAAUGCUUGACUUGAUCGACUUGGGAGCUCAGGGUAGCUGUAGUAAGCAAACUCGCGCCUGGGUUCUGGAUCCAGUUGAUGGUACGGCGACCUUUAUACACGGCCAGCAGUACGCUGUUUGUCUGUCUUUGGUAGAGAACGGAUACCAGAAGGUCGGCGUCUUGGGCUGUCCGAACAUGAACCUGAGGACGGGUCGCCUACACGAAGAAAUCGUCGAUCGGGAUGGUUACGGGCAUCAAGUGUUUGCCGUUUCUGGACAAGGCGCAUUCAUUCGGAAAAUGGGAACAGGGGCUCUUCUUCCCUUGAGCAAAAUUGAGCCCAAGGCUCAGAUCACUGACCCUAAGGAUAUUGAUUUUGUGGAUUGCUUGAAAGCGACAUCAUCCAACACGGACAUGCAUGCCCGCCUUGCAUCUUACCUGGGAGCACCGUGGCCAGCAUCAACAGAUCUCUGGGCCGCGCAGCUGCGGUACAUCGCCAUCGCCGUGGGAGGCUGUAAUGUUAUGAUCAAGAUUCCGCACAAGGCAUCUUAUCGAUCGAAGAUCUGGGAUCACUCGGGCGGCAUGUUGAUCGCUGAAGAGCUCGGUUGCACUGUGAGCGACCUGGCGGGUAAUCCGGUCGACUGCAGCCUGGGAAGAAGUCUGGCGGAGUGCUACGGGAUGAUCGUUGCGCCUUCGUCCAUCCACGGCAAGAUCGUGGAGGCUGUGAAACAGAUCAUGUAA